AUGAGGACUUCUCUCCAUAGCGCCCUCGCGCUCGCCACGGUGUCCGCACUCGCACAGUACACGCCCACUGUCCCCGUCGACAACCGCACCCUCUCCGAAAUCUAUGCUGCCGCACGCCGCGAACACACCUCCAACACCACCCGCCCUUUCCAGGUUUUCUGGGGAGGUGACGCCGGCUCGCAAGGUGAUGGCAUCCGCUCCGCAUGGGCGCAACAGUUCCCGGACAUUCCACUCAACCUCACUGUUAUCCUGAGCAAGUACGCUGACACCCGGCUCGAUGAGGCGUUUUACGAGGGGACCGAAGAACCGCCUGCGGAUGUUGUGGCGUUGCAGACGUUGCAUGAUUUCCCGAGGUGGAAGACGCAGAAUCGGUUGGUGUACUAUAAACCCAGCAAUUUUGAGGAUGUGUUGGUGAAUGAACGGGAUGCUGAUGGAGCGUUUUUGGCGUUUGCUGUUUACUCUUUCGGGACAAUCUAUUUCGACAGUAGCAAGAUCUCGGCGGAUGAGGUGCCGACUUCGUUCGAAUCUUUCGGGGAUGCGAAGUGGAAGGGAAAACUGAUAUUGACUUACCCGAACGACGACGAUGCGGUUGCUUACCUGUUCUCGCUGAUCGUAUCUCGCUAUGGAUUCUCCUGGCUUCGUGCUCUUGCUGCGAACGAUGUGCAAUGGGUCCGUGGAACGGGCACGCCGAUCUUCGAGCUGGAGCGUCUGCACAACGAUACAACAUCAACCAGAGCCCUCACAUUCUCUGCAGGCAGCGGGAUCGAGGCAUCAUGGGGCGUGUCCAAGGCAGUUGAGCCCCCCGAGAACAUCAUGUCGUGGCCGCAGACGGCUGCCAUCAUUGCGGGCACACCCCAGCCGGAGACGGCGAAGCUCUUCAUCUCCUGGUUGACUUCGAAUGGACAGCAGAAUGGCUCGUCGCCAUCUUUGUUGACCAGUCUCAAUGAGGCGAACGGCGUGAGCCCAUACUCUAGCAACACCACCAUCUUCAGUGGGUUCAGGACUUUCGAGACGGAUCGAGCACAGGUGGAGUGGUGGAAGAAUGUGUUCGAGGAGGCCUUGGGGACCCCUCAAGGCCCGGAUCCGUUGGCCGUGUAUCCAAACCCGUCCGCUUAG